AUGAAAUCGCAGCUGCGGCACCAGAAUGACAGACCACACACCGUCACGGCCAGCAGCAAGUUCCACGGCGGGCGCGAGCACGCCCACGCAUACCUCGAGGACACCAGCGGCGCCCGCCAGGGUGGUCAGGCGACCGUCAGCAGUAGCGACCACAGAUCUGUGCACGACUACCUCAAAACGGCUCAAGCAGACUUUGCAGGGCUCGAGCAGCAGCAGCAGCAGGAGGGGGACUUCCCGGCGGUGUGGGGCGAGUCCAAGGUGAGCGGCAAGCCGGUCCGCUUCGAGGAGGACGCGUCGGGGACGCAGGCGGUGGUGGUGGGGGGCGCCAGGGGCAGCGGCGCCUUCCCCUACCAGUACGAGCAGCCGGCCGGCAGCAUUCCUGAGGUGGUAGUUCCAAGCACUGUAGGAAAAAAACAUCAUGGCAGAAAGAAGAUGGGAGUGGCCAGGCCUUCACCGCGGAGCGGCCUGGUCCAGAAGGUGCUGCACGCGCUGGCAGCCUUCAUCCCCCUGGGCCUCUUCCUGGCCAGCAUCCAGCCGUCCGUCAUCACGGUCAACUCCAGCGCGCCUGCACCGGGCGUGUCGCGGCAGCGUUCGGUGGUGGGCGGUUCUUCUGACGAGCUGCUGGCUGCAGGCGCGGGGGCGGACUGCGAGGCGCGGCUGCUGUGCGAGGCGGCGGUGCGGGGGCGGCUGGAGGCGGCCGACGCCCCCGAGCGUGCUCUCUGGCUGGCCGCCCACCAGACACCAGACAAGAUGGCAGUGGCGUUGGGGCUGUACGACGUCUUGAAAGCCAUCCGUACUGGUACGUGCGAUCUCUACAGCUGCCGUGCGAUGCAAGACGAACCGUUCGGAAGCCCGACGUAA